AUGAGAUUCCUCACUUACGUAAUAAUUUCCAUUCUCUUUCUUUCUCAAUACACAACAAAUGCCUCGAGGUCGAACCUUAUCGUUCGAUCUUGUAGAGAAGCCUCGAAGAAUGACCCGAAUUUAAGCUAUGAGUUCUGUGUUACAUCUCUUUAUGAAGCUGCUUGCAAGACCAAAUUACAGCCAAAGAAACUAGAAGACCUUGUGAGCAUGUCAAUUCAAGUAACCAAGUCCAAUGGAACAAACAUUAUUUCCAUAAUUUCACAUGACUUGCAAAACCAAACUCACGGUGAGCAUGUGAAGGCUUGUUUACAAGAUUGUUUAAAUCUUUACAAUGAUUCCCUUUCGUCUUUAGAUGAUGCUAUGGUUGCUUUCAAUACGUCCAAGGACUUGGACACGGCCAAUAUCAACGUGAGCGCCGCCUUGGAUGAUUCGGUUACAUGUGAAGAUCAGUUCAAAGAAAGGAAAGAGGAUAAUGAAACUUCUCCUUUGACACAAGAGAAUCAUGUUUACUUUCAACUCAAUGUAAUAUCUCUAUCUUUUAUCCAAAUGAUUCGACAUCGCUACUAG